AUGGAGGGUAAAGAGGGCAGGUUGCGGAGGAAUAGUAGGGAAUCGAGGCUGUCACGCCGGCAGAAGCUGGUGCUGGCUGCCGUGGCCGCCGUGUUGAUCAUCGUCCUGAUUGUCGGCCUCAGCCUCGGCCUCGGUCUGAGGAACCGGGGCGGCGGCGGCGGAGACGACGAUUCACUACCACCGGCUCCUCAACCCACCGCCAUCUGGCAGCCCAAGGUCAACACGUCAUGGCAGAUCAUCCUCAACGCGAAGCUCGACAUUGACCCCAACAACCCUGCUGUCGAACCCGACGUGGACGUGUACGACAUUGACAUGUUCAUGCACCAAAACUCGCGCGCCGUAUCGAGUCUACACAAGCUCAACAAGAAGGUCAUCUGCUACUUCAGCGCCGGGUCCUACGAGAAGAACCGUCCUGACUCGUCCAAGUUCCCCGAGGAGGACAUCGGCCUUGUCCUGGACGGGUGGCCGGACGAGAGAUGGCUCAACAUCAGCAGCCCGGCGAUCAGGGAGAUCAUGGUCGGCCGCAUCGAAAUCGCCAGCAGGAUGGGCUGCGACGCUGUCGAUCCUGACAAUGAUUCCGUCUCCUUCAUGACCUUCCUCGCCGACGAGGCUCACAAGCGCAACAUGGCCAUCGGCCUCAAGAACGCCGGCGACAUUGUCAAAACGAUGCUGCCGCGGAUGCAGUUUGCCGUCAACGAGGAGUGCGCCGAGUUCAACGACUGCAGGACCUUCUCUCAGUUUGUCGACGCGGGCAAGCCCGUGUUCCACAUUGAGUACCCCGAAGGAGCUCCGUUCAACACCAACGCCGAGCAAAAGCAGGCGUACUGCAACGCCCCAGGCGCGAAUGGGUUCAGCACCAUUCUCAAGGGGAUGAACCUCAAUUUUGGGGCUGAGUACUGCGAUGGAAGGCAGGUGAGGACAAAGGUGCUGCGGCGGUUUUCCUCUGGCCGAUAA